UGUUACAUUCAAUUUUAUCCAUAGGCAAGUACAUUAUAUAUAAGUAACUUGUUCUACAGAAAAACACCAACAAAAUGGAACACCCAAUAACUAAUAAAUUCACCGCCACGUUUAUCUUCUUCAUUUUAGUGCUCCGUACUGAAUCAACUGAACCUCCAUUUUCAUGUGACUCGUCCAACCCAAAUACAAGUUCAUUUCCCUUCUGCAACGCUGCGUUACCAAUCUCACAAAGGGUAAACGACCUCGUUUCGCGUCUCACUGUAGAUGAGAAAAUCUUACAGCUCGUUAAUGGAGCGCCUGAAAUACCUCGACUCGGUAUCUCCGCUUAUGAGUGGUGGUCGGAAGGGUUACACGGCAUUUCUAGGCAUGGAAAGGGCACGCUUUUUAAUGGAACCAUUAAGGCGGCAACUCAAUUUCCUCAGAUCAUUCUUACUGCUUCUUCUUUUGAUGAAAAUCUCUGGUAUCGUAUCGCUCAGGCAAUUGGAAGAGAGGCAAGAGCAGUGUACAAUGCAGGUCAGCUAAAGGGAAUAACAUUAUGGGCACCAAAUAUAAACAUACUCAGGGACCCAAGGUGGGGAAGAGGCCAAGAGACACCAGGGGAAGACCCUAUGAUGGUGGGAAAAUAUGGAGUGGCUUAUGUAAGAGGACUUCAAGGGGAUAGUUUUGAAGGUGGGAAGCUUAAAGAUGGGCAUCUUCAAACCUCUGCUUGUUGUAAGCACUUCAUUGCUCAAGAUAUGGAUAAUUGGCAUAACUUCAGUCGUUACACCUUCGAUGCUCAAGUCUUGAAGCAAGAUUUGGCAGAUUCAUAUGAACCACCCUUCAAGAAUUGCGUGGAACAAGGGAAAGCCAGCAGUGUAAUGUGUGCUUACAAUCUUGUUAAUGGGAUCCCAAAUUGUGCCAACUUUGAUCUUUUGACAACUACUGCCCGUGGAAAAUGGGGUCUCCAAGGGUACAUCGUAUCAGAUUGUGAUGCAGUUGAAAAAAUGUAUACUGAGCAACAUUAUGCAAAAGAACCUGAAGAUGCAGUAGCUGCUACCCUCAAAGCUGGCAUGGAUGUGAAUUGUGGUUCCCACUUGAAGAAAUACACAAAAUCAGCUUUAGAGAAGCAGAAAGUAAAAGAAUCUGACAUCAACAGAGCUCUUCACAAUCUCUUCUCCGUUAGAAUGAGGCUAGGGCUGUUCAACGGUGACCCAAGUAAAUUGGAAUAUGGAGACAUUUCUGCAGCAGAGGUUUGUAGUCAAGAGCACCGGGCACUAGCCGUCGAAGCAGCAAGAAGUGGCAGUGUCCUUCUAAAAAAUUCCAACAGGCUCCUUCCACUUUCAAAGAUGAAAGCAACAUCCCUUGCUGUAAUAGGUCCCAAAGCAAAUGAUUCUGAAGUACUUCUAGGUAACUAUGAAGGCUAUUCUUGCAAGAAUGUUACAUUAUUCCAAGGACUUCAGGGAUAUGUUGCAAACACAAUGUACCAUCCGGGCUGCGAUUUCAUCAACUGUACUUCUCCUGCAAUAGAUGAAGCGGUUAAUAUAGCAAAAAAAGCAGACUAUGUUGUUCUAGUAAUGGGAUUAGACCAGACUCUUGAAAGAGAGAAGUUUGAUAGGACAGAAUUGGGGCUACCUGGUAUGCAAGAGAAACUCAUUACAGCGAUCGCCGAAGCUGCCUCAAAACCUGUUAUACUGGUUUUGAUGUGUGGAGGUCCAGUCGAUGUAACUUUUGCAAAGGACAACCAAAAAAUAGGAGGCAUUUUGUGGGUUGGUUAUCCUGGUGAGGGUGGAGCUGCUGCAUUAGCACAGAUACUUUUCGGUGAACACAAUCCAGGGGGGAGAUCACCAGUCACUUGGUACCCCAAGGAGUUCAACAAAGUACCAAUGAAUGACAUGAGGAUGCGACCUGAAUCAUCUAGUGGAUAUCCAGGGCGAACUUACAGAUUCUACAAUGGGCCAAAAGUUUUCGAAUUUGGCUAUGGUCUCAGCUACACUAAUUACUCUUACACAUUUGCCUCUGUCAGCAAAAACCAACUGCUUUUCAAGAACCCAAAGAUCAACAAGGCAACUGAAAACGGUUCUGUUCUGAACAUUGCUGUAUCAGACGUUGGACCAGAAGUAUGUAACAACGCGAUGAUAACAAUUAAAGUUGCGGUGAAAAACCAAGGAGAAAUGGCUGGUAAGCACCCUGUGUUGUUGUUUCUGAAGCACUCUAACACAGUGGAUGAGGUUCCAAGAAAGACAUUGAUAGGAUUCAAGAGUGUGAAUUUGGAAGCAGGGGCAAAUACCCAUGUUACAUUUGAUGUGAAGCCUUGUGAACACUUCACUAGGGCUAAUCGAGAUGGUACUUUAGUUAUUGAUGAAGGGAAACAUUUCCUUCUUGUGGGAGAUCAGGAGUAUCCUAUUCCUGUAUCUCUAUGAUCUCCCAGAUCUAAGGUUUUUAGUUAGUAUUAAGAUAAUAGCAAGUAAAAAUUAAUUAUGGAAGGUGACUUAUAUAUGCCAAAUCUGCCAAUAUUUGCAGAAAGAAAUUAGUUCUACUCUAGGUUUAUGACAAAAUAUAGUUUAAAUGUGACAAGUGAAUUGAUGAAUAGUAAUUGUUUUAAUUAGUACUAUCAAUAAA